UAUAUGACCUAGAACUAAGUUAAACAGAUCGUGAAGUUUAUUACCUUAUAAUAAGUCGCUUUAUCAGCCAUUAAAUGCCGGACCGACACGCGCGUCUUAACAACAAUGCUAUUCCUACGGUCACGUUGACACGUUCGUCUUUAUAAUGCUAUUCCUACGGGCACGUUGACACCAGCGCAUCAUGGAUACUCUAAGGAGGAUUCACACCGACUUAAAUGAGAGCCUGGGUGACUUGGUGAGGAAUAUCAACUACCACCGAACUUUCGUUGGGUCUCCCCUGGUCUCUACUCCCCCAGCUGCCUGCUCAUCAGUCAGAUGUACUCCUCGCAGCACCCCGGUACCACCCGCUGUACCACCUGUACCAGCUGAUACCACCUCCCGUGGUGGUGUGACCAACCCCGCCUUCUGCCUGGACGAGCUCAAGGAAGCUUAUCACAAUACCUGGACCGAGACAUCUUACCUGCACAAUCACCACCACCAUAACCUCGCGCUGCCGUCCUCUCUCAGAACUGGACUGAAAACCGCCAAGAAGAGUCUUAAGAGUUCUGUGUCAUCACUGAAUCUUCCACAGCUUCCAAGUUUCAGCCAACAACUUGGCUUUACCAAGACAAAGUCGAAGGAAGAAACUUUGCGUCGUCCUCGCCCUGAGAUCGAGCAUCCACACGCAGGGUUACGAGCUGACGAGUUCUAUAUCUCCGCAGAGGCACCUGGAAGUCAGUAUAAUUCAAAUGAAUUUGUUCAUCGAGCCGAGAAUACUCUGCUGAAUCCAAACCCUAACGAAAACGGAUUAAAAAAUCUUGCUGGUGAGUGCAAGAACCGACCGCCUACCAAACCGUUACCACCCCCUGUUCGACCUAGUCGAGUGAGACGCUGUGGAUCACCUAUCAGUUUGUGCGGCUCUGAAAUAAGCACAUGUGCUACAGAAACUACACAAGAUUGUGCUGACGACAGUGGCUGUAAAUCAGGGAAUCAGGAAAGUGAAAACACAUUUGACUUACUCCAGCAGUUACCUUUCCACCUGCCGGGAGACUUGAAGAUCUACCAAAUCGAGGAAAGUCGACAUGCAGCCAUCGAAACAACCAUCAGUUCCAACGGAAAAGAACAUGACGGUUCUCAAAAACCAGAGUUCACAAAUGAAUCACAACGUGAAAUUGGCGAUUUAGUAAAGAAUAGCCAAGAACCUUACAUCACGAAAACCGAAUUGUUGUUUACUGCAUCGGAUGCCAACAGCCGUUCCAACGCUUUCCAAGUCCAAGAUAACUCCUGGGUGUCAAGUUCACUUCCUGGUGCCAAGUUCACUUCGAACGGUACUGCAUCGAAAUUAUCUUUCAGGAAGCGCAUCCGUUUCACGAAAUUCAUCAAAAACCUCAAAAUCAACAGAUCAAACACCCGUCAGUUCCCUGGAAAAGGUCGGGCAAGAAACCCUUUCUGUAUAACAGCGUUCCGAAAUUCUCCGCCGAAAAAUAAGAAUACGAAAAGUCCUUUCAAGAUGGCGACGCCCAUGGCCAAGCUGAGGAGGAAGGAGUGGUACUCGUCCUGCUUCUGCUUCCUGAAAGACCGACUCGCCGAACUGCUCGAUGAAUUGGACCUCUCGGCGACGCAGAAGAGCGGCAUCCUGAGCUUCCCGCACGAGAAGCAAGUGCAGCUGCUGCACGACUUUAAUACCAUGCGCACCACCAAGACGACAGUCGAGCGCCCCGAGGCAUACAUCAGCAAGCUGUGGGAGUACAGUCGCCUGCCUGGACCAGCAGACGACUAUCAGCUGCAGUGCUGGCAGAAAUAUACAGAAAACAUAAAAUCUGCGCUGGCCACACAGUCAAACAGCUUUGUGUGUGAAUUUAUUGAAGCCGAUGGACUAGCUGCACUAUUGGCUUUUUUGUCACGUCUUAAUGGAGCUAAUUUAGUCCGCCUCCCUAAACGAAGAAAGAAAAACGCGCGCAAUUCACAGAAAACGGGGCUGGAUUCACAGAAAACUUCAGACGAGGCAAAGAAAACGGCGGAUGGUGACCUGAAAACUGAUAAUGAAGAAGAAGAAAAUCACAAAUUAAACAAAAUCAGAAGUGAAGACUCAGGGAUAAGAACAUCCGAUCAAGAAGAAGGAAGUGAGGGAAGUAAAGAUGAAGUUUCCAGUGAAGAAGAAUCGGAAGAAGAGGAGAAAGAUGAUGAGAAGUCGGCCAUGUUGAACAUGCCGCCAGGCUGGAGCUGGAACGGGGGUGACUCAUCUAUUCACACGCAUCUCAUUGGCUGCUUCAAAGCCCUCAUGAAUAACACGCACACCCUGGCCCACCCCUCGUGCCUGAAGGUGCUGAGCUUGUCCCUCGCGAGCCGCAACCUCAGGACGCGGACCCUCGUCCUGGAGAUACUGGGGGGCGUCUGCCUCCUGCCGGGGGGGCACAAGAAGGUCCUGGAGGCCGUGCUGUACUUCCAGCGGGCCACGGGGGAGCGCACCCGCUUCCAGACCCUGGUGGUAGACCUUGACCGCGAGACGGACCUGCCGCUGCGGGUGGUCAUAAUGUCCUUCAUUUCUCUGAGUGUCUGUCCUCCUACAGACCCUGGUGCCAGCAGCACAGGUGCCCCCAGCGCCCCCCACUGGGUGCUGGUGGACAGGCUGGUGCAGCAGGUGGUCACCCAGCACCCCACCACGGGGGAGGACCACGAGCCUCCCGUCCUCCCCUCCCUCCACGUCCCCUCCAUCGUCAAGGAGCUGGCCAGCGAGCGCACGCUGACGGAGCUGCGCCGGCGUCUGCGCGGCGCAGAGGAGGACCUGGCGGACCUCACGACGCAGCUCUGUGAGAAGGAGGCCGCCCUCGACGCCCUCACCAAGGAGNUCGUACCAGCUCCAGGGCGCCAGCUGCGCUCGUUCAACUGGUGCAAGCUGCCAGAGGCGCGUAUCUCUGGUACCAUCUUCAGCCAGCUGGACGAGAGCCACCUGUACCACCUGCUGGACCUCGAGGACAUCGACAGGACCUUCGACUCCUCUCUGGGCAAGGGCGAGCGCCCCCUGGAGCGCAGCGUCUCCUGCAGCAGGGGACAGGCGAACCUGAGCUUCCUGGAGAGCAGGCGACAGCAGAACUGCGCCAUCCUGCUGUCUAAACUUCGCCUGUCUGACCACCAGUACCUCAGGGUGCUGGAGAGCAUGGACGCUGAAGGGGUCCUACAGCCCGACAUGCUGGAGCAGCUGCUGAAGUUCGUGCCCACGGCGGAGGAGGUCCUCGUGCUGGAGGAGCACGCCGGGGACCUCGCGUCCUACGCCAGGGCCGACGCCUUCAUGCUCAGGGUGUCCAGGAUCCCCCACUACGCCCCCCGCCUCACGUGCCUCCUCUACCAGAAGCGCUUCAAGGAGCGCGUCGCCGACGCCCGCCACAAGAUCUCCGCCGUCGCUGCCGCCGUCGCCCAGCUCAGGGCCAACCCCGCCCUCCCCAAGCUGCUCGAGGUUGUGCUGGCGUUCGGGAACUACAUGAACCGCGGGCCCCGGGGCAGCGCCCUGGGCUUCAGGGUCUCGUCCCUGAACAAGCUGCAGGACACCAAGACGUCCUCAGACCGCACCCAGACCCUCCUGCACUACAUCGUCGGGGUCUGCGAGACUACCUGGGCUGAUGUGCUGGGUCUAGACCAGGACAUGGGCGCUGUCAAGGAGGCUGCUAAGAUCAGUUCCCCGGAGCUGGAGAAGGACCUGCAGCAGCUGGAGGAGGGCCUGCGCUUCCUGACGGCGGAGGUGGCGUGGCACGAGAGCUCCUCCCCCUCCUCCCCCGCGGACCGCUACUCCCGGGCACUCAACGAGUUCCUGGCCUACGCGAGGGGCGUCGUGGCCGACCUCAGGGCGCAGUAUGAUGACCUCACGAGGGUGAAGCGGAAGGAGCACCUGGAGACCCUGCGGCGUAAGGAAAAGGACGGUCCCCCCCACCAGGAGGGGGGCCAGGAGCUGUCGCCCCCCUCCGCCGCCCCCCACCAGGAGAAGCAGUUCGACGACCUCAUCUGCGCCCUCAGGUCCGGCGACGUCUUCGGCAAGGACAUCGACAAGAUGAGGCGCAAGAAGAAGCCUAAAAUAUAAGAGGCCUGUGGCCUGAUAGGCCUAAAGAAAG